UUGAGCCAGCGAGGAGUGAAGCUGAGCCUGGCCUCACACGCUCCUAGAGGACCACCUCCUGAGACAGAGUUCUUUUUCCCCCUUCUUCUUUCUUCAAGCUCCCCUCCUGCCCUCCCUCCCUGCCCAGUACAAUGCAUUCUUGAGUGGCAGCGUCUGGACUCCAGGCAGCCCCAGAGAAGCGAAGCAAGCCAAAGAGAGAGGACUGGAGCCAAGACACUCUGGUGGGGGAGCUCGGAUGCCUGGCUUUCUUUGAGGACAUCUUUGGAGCGAGGGUGGCUUUGGGGUGGGGGGUUUUGCUGCAGGGAAUCCAGCCAGGCCCCAAGAUGGACACUUCUGGGCACUUCCAUGACUCUGGGGUGGGAGACCUGGAUGAAGACCCCAAGUGUCCCUGUCCAUCCUCCGGGGAUGAGCAGCAGCAGCAGCAGCCGCCGCCGCCACCACCACCGCCAGCGCCACCAGCAGCCCCCCAGCAGCCCCCGGGACCCUCGUUGCAGCCUCAGCCACCGCAGCUCCAGCCGCAGCAGCAGCAGUCCCCGCAUCCCCUGUCUCAGCUCGCCCAACUCCAGAGCCAGCCCGUCCAUCCCGGCCUGCUGCACUCCUCUCCCACUGCUUUCAGGGCUCCCCCUUCGUCCAACUCCACCGCCAUCCUCCACCCUUCCUCCAGGCAAGGCAGCCAGCUCAAUCUCAAUGACCACUUGCUUGGCCAUUCUCCAAGUUCCACAGCCACAAGUGGGCCCGGUGGAGGUGGCCGGCACCGGCAGGCCAGCCCCCUGGUGCACCGGCGGGACAGCAACCCCUUCACGGAGAUUGCCAUGAGCUCUUGCAAGUACAGCGGUGGGGUCAUGAAGCCCCUCAGCCGCCUCAGCGCCUCCCGGAGGAACCUCAUCGAGGCUGAGCCUGAGGGCCAGCCCCUCCAGCUCUUCAGCCCCAGCAACCCCCCGGAGAUCAUCAUCUCCUCCCGGGAGGACAACCAUGCCCACCAGACCCUGCUCCAUCACCCCAAUGCCACCCACAACCACCAGCACGCCGGCACCACCGCCAGCAGCACCACCUUUCCCAAAGCCAACAAGCGGAAAAACCAAAACAUUGGCUAUAAGCUGGGACACAGGAGGGCCCUGUUUGAAAAGAGGAAGCGACUGAGUGACUAUGCUCUGAUUUUUGGGAUGUUUGGAAUUGUUGUUAUGGUGAUAGAGACCGAGCUCUCUUGGGGUUUGUACUCAAAGGAUUCCAUGUUUUCGUUGGCCCUGAAAUGCCUUAUCAGUCUGUCCACCAUUAUCCUUUUGGGUUUGAUCAUCGCCUAUCACACCCGCGAAGUCCAGCUCUUCGUGAUUGACAACGGUGCGGACGACUGGCGGAUAGCCAUGACCUACGAGCGCAUCCUCUACAUCAGCCUGGAGAUGCUGGUGUGCGCCAUCCACCCCAUUCCCGGCGAGUACAAGUUUUUCUGGACCGCGCGCCUGGCCUUCUCCUACACCCCCUCGCGGGCGGAGGCCGACGUGGACAUCAUCCUGUCCAUCCCCAUGUUCCUGCGCCUGUACCUGAUCGCCCGCGUCAUGCUGCUGCACAGCAAGCUCUUCACCGACGCCUCGUCCCGCAGCAUCGGGGCCCUCAACAAGAUCAACUUCAACACGCGCUUCGUCAUGAAAACCCUCAUGACCAUCUGCCCCGGCACCGUGCUGCUCGUGUUCAGCAUCUCACUGUGGAUCAUCGCCGCCUGGACCGUCCGGGUCUGCGAAAGGUACCAUGACCAGCAGGACGUAACUAGUAACUUUCUGGGUGCCAUGUGGCUCAUCUCUAUCACAUUCCUUUCCAUUGGUUAUGGGGAUAUGGUGCCCCACACAUACUGUGGAAAAGGUGUCUGUCUCCUCACGGGCAUCAUGGGUGCAGGCUGCACUGCCCUCGUGGUGGCCGUGGUGGCCCGAAAGCUGGAACUCACCAAAGCGGAGAAGCACGUUCACAACUUCAUGAUGGACACUCAGCUCACCAAACGGAUCAAGAAUGCUGCAGCCAACGUCCUUCGGGAAACGUGGCUAAUCUAUAAACACACGAAGCUGCUAAAGAAGAUUGACCACGCCAAAGUCAGGAAACACCAGAGGAAGUUCCUCCAAGCUAUUCACCAACUGAGGAGCGUCAAGAUGGAGCAGAGGAAGCUGAGCGACCAAGCCAACACCCUCGUGGACCUUUCCAAGAUGCAAAACGUCAUGUAUGAUUUAAUCACAGAACUCAAUGAUCGGAGCGAAGAUCUAGAGAAACAGAUUGGCAGCCUGGAGUCGAAGCUGGAGCAUCUCACCGCCAGCUUCAAUUCCCUGCCCCUGCUCAUCGCGGACACUCUGCGCCAGCAGCAGCAGCAGCUCCUGUCUGCCCUCAUGGAGGCCCGGGGCGUCAGCGUGGCGGUGGGCACCACCCACACCCCACUCUCCGACAGCCCGAUCGGGGUCAGCUCCACCUCCUUCCCGACCCCGUACACAAGUUCAAGCAGUUGCUAAAUAAAACUCCCCACUCCAGAAGCAUUACCCAUAGGUCUUAAGAUGCAAAUCAACUCUCUCCUGGUCACUUGGCCAUCAAGGAACAUUCAGACCAGGGAACAUAAAGAAGAGAGACCGAGCUAAUUAACUAACUCAUGUUCAUUCAGCGUGCUUGGUUUGAUAUGCCUUGAAACCAGAAAUCUAAUCUCUGUUUAGGUGCCUCUACUUGGGAGCAGGAAGAGGAGAUGACAGGAAGCGACGCCUCUGGCAGGGCCCUUGCUGCAGAGUUGGUGGAGAACAGAAAUCCACGUUCAAUCUCAGGUCUUCACGUUGGGGGGGUGGGGGGUCAGAUGCACUGAAGUAGCGACAGUGAAGCCAACCCAGAGGAGGGUCCCUCGGAGGGAGGGUGUAGAAUCCGGCUUGGGGGGAUGGGUCCUCACCACAGGGUCCUGCAGCCCACCUCUCUUCUUUCCUUUCAUCUAAGGAAGCCCCGGGAUGACAAAAGUAAAAGAGAGCUGCCCACAUCUUGCCAAAACAGACAUUCUUUCCUCCCAUCCUUAUACAGUUGUAAAACUCAGUUUAGACCGAAAGAAAAAUAGACAAAUAAGAAGCCAGAGUUUCCAUCCAAUAUUAAUACCCAUAUAAACCCUUGUGUUUGCAAGCGUGUGCACACACACACACACACACACAUCCCAUAUUCAACCCAGGUCUUUUCUUGUUUGCAACUGACCCUAAUAAAGAGGGACCUGGUACCUUACCCUGCUCACAGUAGGCACCCUCUAAAUGCUCAUUAAGUUGGUCUGAAUCUGGAUGUGGGUGCCCUCAGUUCAGGUAGCUUGCCAGUGGUGGCCACAUUUGCAGAGUCACUGAAGAUGACCCUUCAAACAUGUCCCUUCAAAUGCAAAACAGGGUACCUCGCCCUGGAUAUGCACCAUGCUUGCUCUGAGAUGAAUGACAAGACCAAAUUGUUGGCAUUCUGGAGAGAUAAGCAGCUUUCUAAAAAUAACAGCUUCUGCAGAGUUUUCAUCUUAUGUCCAAACAAGCUGGGUUCCAGUGGAGCGUGUGAUCGGGUGGAUGUACACGAGGGAAGGGGAACAGCAUCUGUGCACGUGCACGCACACCUGUACGAACCGGUGCGACCCCGUGACACCUGCGCGAAUAGUGUUGCCUGAGGGUUUGCUCAUUUGUGAUAUUUACCCAGCGACAGGUUUCCAGCCCCAGAUGUUAGGGGUGCAAAGAGGUCAAGUGCUUCACCUGAGAGCUGGGAGGAGACAUGAUGGUGAGUGACCCAGGUGGUCCCUUCUACCUGCCCUAAAACCACUUCACAGUGAAGGGUUAUGAGGAUAAAGGGAGCCCUUAAGGAGCCUUGUGGGUAAGGUAAGGUGACACUGAUGCGUCGGUAGCCUGUUCCUACUGUGCCACGUUAAUCUUGGUGCAAAAACGAUUCUAAUUACAUCUCAAAUUCCAAGAGACUUCAGAAACCUCCAGAUCUGGUGUAGUGAGUGACAGGCAUGGAGAGGACAGGGGAUGGGGACCCAAAAUGUUCUUGCUCCAUCAUCUAACCAUGCGGAACGUUUGUGAUGCCAAAGCCCCCCUGCUAUCCGUCACUUUUCUCAUUCUGAGGUCUUUGACUUCUGCUGGUGUGGAGUUAAAUGAUGCUGUAGGGAGCAUUUCAUCUGUUUAGGGUAAAACGGAAGGCGGUUGUUUGCGGAUGGUUGUCCUGUCGGGUUUCACUUUGCACAGGAUGUCGCCACCUUUGAAAGGUGGCAUCUAGCUGUGGAGACAUCUCUUCUGCAGCCCUGGACCUGGUCUUCUAAGGACAAGGGGACCAGACAGAAGAAGGUAGACGACUCUAGAAAGGUCACUCUUUCCAGAUGUGGUUUCUUGCUAAACUACUUCUUUUAUCUAUUUUUAUAGCUGUUGAUAUUCCCUUAAUGGCCUCAUUUUUAUCUUGAUAACUCCUUUGAGGACUUUCCUUGGUUGUUUUGCACACCACAGAUGCCACACUUGCUGCUGGCUUUUUUAUUUGUUUGUUUCUUCUUUUAACUAUUGAUUAUCUGAAAGAUCCCUCUCCUUUUUUAUGUCCAAGAAGGGUGCUCGUGUUUUCAGUGACAGCUGAACAUAUAAGCAGACGAAAUAACCAUGCAGUUUCUUUGUGGCCUUAGUUCAUUUCACAAUGUGAAGAGCACUGACAGGUCAGCCUGAGCGUGCCAGUCCUGAUCCUUUAAAUGACAGCCAUCAAGUCUUAAUUCCUAGUCACCCUUCCCAUUCUGCUUUAACCCUGUGAUGUGUGUGUGUGUGUGCACGUGCACGCAUAUAAGGGUUUCAUCUGAAUUUCAAACAAAUGACAUGAGAGAUUCCACUGCCACUCCUCCUGCCCAAAAGUGUGCACAGACUAUCACUGGCCCAUCGUCGUCUGUGGGUGAUUCUGCUUUAAGCCACCGCUCAUGCUGUAUCCUUAGGUAAAUCCCGAUGCCUGGCACUAGCAAAGGGAGUGACUGGACUUACAUCCAGUAGCAGUAGCCACUGGCAUGCUGGACACACAUGGGCAUUUGUAGCAUGACUGGACCUAUUGGUAGUGCAAUAGCUACGUAUGGUUUUUAUCUUUGGCAAAAGAAUACUUACUCUUCCAAAAAAAAAAAAAAACAAGCGAAUCUGCAUGUUGAUCCUACAAUGGUAAAUGGGAGGCUGCAUCUCUGUACUAGUAUUUCAGCUUUCUGUGGGGAGGUUACGCAUCCUCCUGCAAGUACAAUCAACCCUUGAUGACUUAGGUAUCGAUUAUCCAGGGUGUAGCUCACCCAGGUUUCCUUCCCACAGCCUGUCUUUUGGCUAAUUCCGCUGCACCUCAGCAUCGCCGUCAGAUGGGCAAAGGGGGCAGGUGGAUUCUCACGCCAUGCCUUCUUGUAUCUUAUUUUCAAGUUUGGUGGCGGAGAAGGCUUAAUUAUCUUCUCAAGAAUUGGCUAUAUGGACAAACUAUUAAUUAUGGUAACCUCACUCCAAUACUGAACUGAUGGAGUUCUGCCCACUUCUGGAAGGCUGACCGGUGGCAAAUCUCGUACUGUCACCCUUCUGAUAACUCAAUAACAGGUAAAAGUACUCUAAUAUUCCCUAAACUAUCUAGACACUUGAAUUAAAAAUACAGAGCCACCCCUUCAUCGCUUAAGCCAUAUUAUAGCACCACGUACUGUAAAGUCAGGGAUGUACUGUGACACAUUAAGACCACUAAUCUCAGUGGAAUUUCAGGACAUAGCAUCAGUUGGCAAAUUAUAUCAGACUAGGGGCCCCCUCCUCCUUAGAUUGAAGUCCAAAUAAAAAGCUGCAUCUUUGGAUCAAAGGCCACAUAUGCGUGAUUGUCAUCAAUAAAUUGCCAUAAAGUGUCUAUGAACUGCUCUCACCAUUCUCGUAACAUGUAACUUCAUGACCCCACAUCUCUGGAAACGCUUAAUACAAUCCAAAACAACAGGCAGGGUGAGGCCCAGAGUCACCACUGACUUCUGACCUCAGCAGGUCCCAGCGGUGUAACAGCGGUCUCGUCGGGGACGAGACAUGGAAGAUGUCCGUGCAGGCUCUGAAGUGCUGAGCGCGUGCGAGCUGUCAUUAUUCAUUAAAGGUCAAGAAAGAACGGCAUUGAAAAAAAUAAUGAUUUUAAUGUAUUUGAAGAUAUCCCCCUUAGAUUUUUAAUAAUUUCCUGGUGAAAAAAUAAUGAUGGAGAAGAAGAAAAGUAGAGACAAAGAAUCAGAAUAAAUAAGACUCUAACACUGAAUCCACAUGUUUGGCCAAUGAAUAUAAACACCUCAUACCUCAAUUUCUCUAUACUUCAAAUGAAAGUAAGAGUUAAUGUUCGUAAGUACAGAGUAUUCAGUAGAUUUAAAAAUGGAGUCACUCUUGUCGUCAGCAGCAGCUCAGACCAGCUCUGUCUAGUCCACACUUUAAUGUUGCCUCUGAAUGUAGUCAAAUGUUACCAAAAAGUAAUUAUUACCUAUCAACCAGUUAGUGACAUUAGCAGGGAGAAACAUGGGCUUAGCACAUAGUCCCAGGACCUCUCCUCCUUCAGGGUGUACCUCAACAUACAGUGCACCCCAGAUUAAGAAUCAGUGUUUCAUUCAGAACAAACGGUGUUACUAACCAUCACAGUACCACAACUGAGACACUAUGAAGUCAUUGCACUACCAGUAGGUUACUGCUCUUUUAAAGUUUCUGCUUUUAAAUCCUAAAAUACGUCCCCGGUCCUACACGGUCCCUCUACUUCCCUGAGUAUUGCUUAGAAGCAGAUGAAGGCUCUGUCAGUGGUCAUUUCGCUGUCCCUAUUGACUCUGUGGUGUUCGGUUUCAGUACCUUAGACAGCUAUCUGGUGGUUUCCUGUUAGGCGGGAACAGCCCCUUCCCCUCCCUACCCUGCAGUCAGUUGGCUUAAUGACACCCUGGACAGUAUCCCUUCCUUGUCUGCCGCGGCCAAAGUAAACACUGUGGGAACGGGAUCAUUGAUACCACUAUGAAAGGAGUGCUACAGGGAUAGCAAUAUUAACUGCCUGCUUCUGGUAGUAGAAUAGAAAUGAGUGCUCUUCGUUCUGAAAGCUUGUGCCAGGCUGCAUGACUAGAAAUUAACACUAAACUCCUGUCAGACACGUAAUAUGUAGAUUUUUACUAAAAUAGACCGAAGCUUAUUAAGAAGUACUCAGUGCAAUGGUAUAUAAAUAUAUACAGAUAGAGAAAAAAAUAACUGUGAUCUCUUUUUCUUACACCAUUACUGGAAACGCCCAAACAUGAACUGGAGUUCCCUCUGAACAAAACCAUUAUCAAAUCUUCAACAUAUGACCUCCAAACCUAGGUGCCAAGUGCCCUGCCACAGUUGUUUACACACCUGAGAAAUGAGUUCUGGAAGCUGUACUCUUGGGCCUGGACUGUGUGUUGAAACAAACAAAAGAGACGUUGUGACCAACCAAGCUGAUGGAGGAAAAGCACAAAAUCCAACACCAACCUGUAGUUUGGAUCCCAAAGAGAUGCUGAAUUAAUAGCCAAAAAAAAAAACCCAUAUAUAUAUAUAUAUAUUUAGAGAGAGAGACAAAUCAAAUAUCAGUCUGAUUGGAACAGCCAACAUCCAAGUCCACAGAAGAAGGACAGUGAAUGAACAACAUUCUCUAACUGUGUCAUGUUGUCUCAGUUUUUGAAUCUCAACCAGGACUGAUCCACCUUCAUCAGACACAGUUUUUAAUGGCGCAACAACUCAGUUUUGGCCCCAGAUUCUCCAUUCCGCACUGACCAGAAGAGAACAACAAAAGAGAGCAACAGGAUGUUAACGGAGGAAACAUUUUCAUGGUGAACUCAGAAACUGAUGUGUUUAUAUUCAGAAUCAGAUGAGCUUCAAUAUGAAUUUGCAUCUUGCCUCUGUACUGCUUGCUAUUUUUUAACGAUAGGAGAAAGCAUAACAGUUUAUUUUAAAUAUGAAAUAUAUUGCUAUAUUAUAAAAUAUAUUGUAACUUUCAAUUAACAUUUUGUAUCUAACUAGUCUUUAGCAGGUCCAGUGUCAACCUGCUCUCCCAACGACUGUUUCUGAGUACACAUCACUGUUAGUGAUUGCCUGACACCCAGACCAAGGGUCCCUAGCCGUUAGAACUGCCAUUUUCUAAUUCUCUGAGACCUAUUAGCGACAAAACAACAUUAUUCCCAGCUUAGAAGAAUAAUCCUACCCUAAAUUCUAUCAAGCCAUUUCCAAAGAGAUUUUAAAAGCCAUCACUCCUCUAGCAGCUGUGCAAAGCCAGUUUAAUAAAAGUGCAGGCUCUUUCUAUAUAAAUGCCAAGACCCUAUUACAUAAAUGAUGUUAGUCUCAAACUCAGCCAACCAGUUUUUCCUUUGGCAAUGUCAGAACUGGGCAUAAGGAAGAGUCCUGUUCUCCUGUGACACAACAGACUCGUCCUUCUAGGCAUUGGAAGUUUCUCUGUGUCCGAGCAUAGCCGGGACUGGAAUUCCAUUUACACGGGGCCCAGUGAGAGCCCAGUUUGUAGAUGCACUUUUCCGAGUCGGCCCUGCCCUACAGGGAGCGAGGUUUCCACGUGCUCAUCCACAACUCGGAGCACAGCUCCUAAGGGAAUGCGGGGAGGAGGCAGGACACACAGGACCCAGCAAAGAGCUGGGCUUCCUUUUCUGCGAGUUUACUCUUGCUGGGAGGAAAGAGCAAGUUUCAAUCAAGAUGUUUUCCUUUAUUGGCAAACUUGUGGAAAAUUCUGUCCUUGGGCAACGAUGAUAUUCGUGCCUCCUCUGAGACGUGUAGAAUUUUUCACUUCCCUCCUUUGACUGACCAAGGGACUAUUUCUAGAUGAAAACAGGAUAUGUUUGGUUACAGAACAAACGUUUUCCAAGGAUCAGUGGGUCUCCUCCCAAAAAGGACCCUCACUUGUUAUCACUUUGGUGUAAUAUUGUACAGGUGCAAACCAAGUAGCAUCAGGGUAGAGUCAACUGAGUGUGCGCAUCUCUUCCCUCUGCAGUCUCUGAAAGGUCACACAGGUACACCGCUAGUGCAAAACAGCAGGUUUUCUCCUGGGGAAACGGCUGGAAUCCUCACAAACUUCCAUUUAUCUGAGCUUACAUAUAGACGAAGCUGGGGCUUCAAUGAUAUUAUUCACGCCAUUCAAAAGAGAAAUUUCUCAAUGCUCAGCUUCAGUCUUGCAUAGCUGGGACUUAACUUGAACACACAUUUUAUUUUUAUUGAGCUAAAUUCUCUCGGUCUCCAUUCUGCCCCUUAGUUACAUGUUAGCCUGAGCUCCAUUAAAGCCAUCAGAACUCCAGGGCAUCUGUUUUUAGCAAGUUACUCACUCACUGUGUAAUGGAAAUUAGUUUAUUCUCAAUUUUAUAACUGACUGAUGAAUGUACUGGUGGUAAUUGAUUUGUCUCUCAAUACUUUUCCACUACUAAAUAGAACUGUGUCUUUUGUCUUUUCCUUCUAGCCUUUCCCAGGCCAAGGCUUUUACACUUGUAGAGAGUGUUCUGAUUUUUCUACUCAAAGUUAUUCUUCAAUCUAGAAUCAAGGAACUCAAUACAAAUUCCUGACUUGGAGAAAGCAGAUCUCUUGACAGUAAUUCAGGUGUAAGCUAUACGCUAACCCUUGCCGGUCAAAGUGUGGUACAUGGACCGGCGACAUAAGCAUCACCUGGGAACUUGUUAGAACUCAGGCCCCAUGCCAGCCCUGCUUAAUCAAAUUGGGCGUCUUAACAAGAUCCCCAAGUGAUCUGCAUAUAUAUAUAUAUACAAAUGCUGAGAAGUGCUGGCGUCACCACAUGCCAAUGGUAACCAACAUCAUUAAUGAUCAAAAAUUAAACUAUUUCUUCCCUGACCCUCACUUACAGAAGUCUUUGAUGAAGUAAAGAUCCCGUGCAAUCAUAAGAAUUAAAAACAAAUGCAUCUUCAAAUUCCCCUUGAGGUCAUAGAGCUUGGGUGGUGUACAAAAGAAGCAGUCUUUUUCUAGUCUCAUUUUUAAAAGCACUCACUUCAUAGCCUCAAGCCACCUCAGAGCACCUUUUUAAGUUUUUCAUUUUAGUGUAUGCUGGCAGGGCCAUCAGAAUAGCAGGUGGCUUCUCAGGGCAGGUCCCCCGGAAGGCCACCCAGGUCACAGCCCAGGGUAGUGCAGAAAUGGCUGCAUCUCUGUUCCUUCCUUGAGAAACUCAGCAGCCCAGCAGUGGGAAUUCUCCUCCCCAGAGGAAACUAGCAAAAGAAGUUAGUUUAACCAUCUAGCAACAUUCCUAAUCUCUUUUUAAACCAAGUUUCUUGUUCAUUACACCAACCAGACCCUCCAAUGUAAACAAGGAAAGAUGGGAAUUGUGAUGUUGGCGCCAUAAAUCGAUAUGUACCCAGAAACAGUUAUGUUCUGAAUUAAUGGCUUUAACCUGUUCAUUGUAAAAAGUGCCUUGGACUUCAAUCUAAAGAGGUCAGUAUAAAUAUAUAUGUGUGUGUGUGUGUGUGUGUGUGUGACAUACGUAGGCAUAUUUAUACGUACAUAGGUGCACACACAUAUACCUGCACAUUCAUAUAUAAUAUAUACAUAUAUAUAAAUGCUUCAUAAUAUAUCAUAUUGCUAUUCGCAGCCCCAUUUCUUUUGUCUGGUCCUAUGUUUAUUUGUCUAGUGAGAACUUUACAUAGAGAGGUUCUAUUCAGGACAUCGAUGUAUUUUUUUGUUUGUUUUUUACUUUUUAUUAAAAAGGUAAAGGAUAUUAAAAAAAAAA